UGGGAAUUAUAACCCCACUUUUUAUGUAAUCAAAACACAAAUUGUAUUUGGUUGUAUUGGUUCAUAAAAUGGAUAUAAUUCAAGAAAAUUGCCGAUUAUGCCAAAAAACUUUAGGCACAAUUCCAUUAGAAGUAGAAUUAGUCGAAGUUGUUUUUAAAAUCGCCAAGAUUGAAUUGAAUGAUCUGGGCGAAACUUUACCCACUGGUAUUUGUCUAGAAUGCAAAAAUAAAAUUUCAGAAAUCGAUCAGUAUAUAACAGAAAUCCAAACCAUUAAUAACUUUCUAAGGGCUUGUUUAGACAAACCCACUGUGGAAACAGCGAGUAACUACUUAUAUCAAGAUUUAGACCAAAGAAGGAGUGAAACAGACACACAUGCGUGUUUAGUUUGUUCUAAAACGUGCAAUAGACUAUCCACUUUCAAGAAACACUUAAAAACACAUCCAGAAAUGUAUUGUAGAAUUUGUAAUACAUUUUUCGAAACCCCAGCCGAAUCGAUAAAUCACAAUGAUUGUGAAGAUGUAAAGAACAUUACCUGCAGUACAAAAAGCGAACCUGACACCGAUUUCACCAAUAAUGAGUGCAAUUUCCAAUGCAUAAAAUGCGAGCAACAUUUCGAGGAUCAGAAAUGUUACACAACUCAUUUGAAAACCCACAACAAAUACACGUGUUUAGAAGAAAAUUGCGCGAAAGAAUUCUCAACAGCCUACUCGUUGAAGAUGCACAACUUGGCUCACGAAGGAAAGAAAUCCUUUUUGUGCGUCAGUUGCGGCAAAGAUUUCGUAUCCAAGAAAUCCCUAAUUUGCCACGAGAAGAUCCACGCGCCCAUCAAAGCGCACAAAUGCGACCAGUGCAACUUGAGUUUCUCGGUGAGGAGUAAUUUCCGAGCUCACAUCAAGAGGUACCACGAAGGCGUCCGAUACAGCUGCUCGAGGUGCCCCAAAGAGUUCCUCACCAAGUGCAAUUUGGACCGACAUGAAAAAAUACACAUAGGCCUAAAGGAUUUCGAAUGCGAACAGUGCACGGCCGCCUUUUACACCAAAAAGGAGCUGAUUAAGCAUCAAAGAUAUCACCAGGGUUUAAGGCUACACAAGUGCGAAGAAUGUUUCAAAACGUUUUUCGAGCGUCACCAUUUAAUUGUACAUUUGAGGACUCAUAGCGGAGAAAGGCCAUACGUUUGCAAAUUACCCGAUUGCGGUAAAUCCUUCUACGAUAACCAAAAAUUGAAGAGGCACCAAAAGUCAAAACAUGUAUCAUUGUUGGCCUAAAGUUUGUAUUUAAUUCAGCCCCGUUUCAAAUGGAAGGUACUGAAGUAUCGAGUACUGAAAUCUAUACAUUAAUUGAUUAUUAAAUAGCAUACUGUAUCAUCUAGAACUUGGUAUGUUUCAUUGGUACAGCUUCAGUAUUUAUCUGAGUGUGUAGAUGUGAAUUUAAGAAAAAUUUUGAUUAUUGUUACCAUUGGUUUGUAAAUUAAUGUUUUGUGACCACUAAUAAUCAGUUCAUGUAUUAUUUUAAUAGGCUUGUAUUGUACAUAAUUCCUUUGGGUUGUUAAAAUACAUUUACUUGAGAUAAUCACUAAAUAAAAUAGAAAUGAAAUGUU